UUCCUCCCUCCCUCCGCAGGACGUGAUUCAGGGUCAGGAGAACCUCGUGAUGCUGGCGCACGACUACACGGCGUACAAGGCGACCACCGACGCGCGGCUUCUCCGGCUGGAGCAACACACGGCUCCCUUCCCGCAGCCGUCCGCCGCCGACUCGUCGCCGUCCCCGGAUUUCGGAGCGGAGUCCGGGGAGUGGGGAGCGGCGGGCGGCGUGCAGCCGCGAGCAGGUGAGGAUGCGGUCGUCAUGACGACCGAGCAGCUGGACGUGAUGUUCCGGAACAUGUUGCAGAGCCGCUGCGCGGCGCACGGCGGCGCGGCGCGCUACGACGACGACAUCGUGGCGCCACCUGUCCCCGCCGUUGCCGCCUCCGCGGCGGCGCUGCACGGUCACGCAGACAGCGUCGACGAGCUACAGCUGACGCCGACGAAAGAGAGCGAGUCGUCCGGAUUAGCCGAUCCGGAAGGAUUCUUCCGGAUCCGGGAGAAUGCUCGACCGCGCGCGCCCGACGUUGGCCCGCAGGCUUCCCGCGGUUGGCCCGGCAACGCAGCGGUUUCGCUGGACGCUCGUCGCCCGGACCCGCCGCUUGUGCAACCCCGGCGGGCGGCAUGGCUGCCGCGCGACCCCGGUGAGGUCAUUUCCACCUCCUCAUCACAGACGGAGGAGUCGUCGGCCGUCGCCGCGGCAACCGCGUCGUCUUCUCGCGGCGGGUCCGGCAGCGAGGUGCGAGGCGCUCGGCUGUCGCACGCGGCGCCACCUACCGGUGCACCCCGUGGGUCGAGUACGGCGCCCUCUAGUGGCGCGCCUCGCCAGUCGAGCACGCCUCGCCAGUCGAGCACGGCGCCCCCUACUCUCGGCGCCGAUUCAUCUCCGAGCGCGCAUCCGACGACGUUGCUCGCCGCGGAGGCGAUCAGGGAUAAGAUUGAGCUGCUGCGGCGGUACUACAGGCCGCCGUCGCCAACGACGACGACGAGGAGCGCCCACACGGGGAAGGAAUCGUCGUCGCCGCCCGGAGCACUGAUCACGACAGCAGACAUCCACACUCGCACGCUCGACCUACGCACACAGCUGCUGCAGGGCGGGGAGGCCGCAUCGGAACCUGGCGGCAGUGCAGCGAGGAUGGAGGCAGCUACGCAGGAAACUGCACAGAGAUUGGCUCCGGUAGCAAGGGAAGGGGGCAAGGCUGGAGUACAGAUGAUUUCUGCACAGAUUGAUGCCCUAAGGAGGCAGCAACUAGAUGCACAGGGAAAGCUGAAACCAGCUGCAACGUCUUCGGUUGUGCCAAGUAGCAUCAUGAAUGCGAGAAAGUCUGUUCGAUUUGCUCCACAUGAGAACUAUGCAUCUGAGACGCAGCAUGAAGGGGAGGCUGUCACUGCAGUGUCCGCUGCCAGCACUCCCACCAGCUCCGUGAGGAAUACAAGUCCGUCCCCUGGCCUAUCUCCUAUACCGGAAGGAAAGGGUCAAGCUACCAGAAAUGUGGCAUUUAAAGUUGGACUCUAACAUAUAUCAGUGACGUAUAUGCAUUAUUGGUAUUAGAAUUUCUCACGCAAUGUAUAUCUGUAGUGUGAUGUUCAGUAUGGGUUACUAUUAAUUAUUUAGUGAAAUAUCUAAAAACUGCAGGGAAUUGCAACUAAAAUAUUAACAGGUUUGAUGUUGUCUAAAAUAUUAGUAGUUAUCCCACACAAUAUUCCCUCCAGUGUAAAAAACGUAUAAUUGUUGAUGGCCAGGGCCAAAGUUAAACCCUUCUGGAAAGACAUAGUUGUUUUAUGUUUGUGUUUAGGUAGACUAAAUCUGGAAAAUAGUAGCUCUAUCAGUCUACAUGUAGCACUUCAAUAUAGCACUUCAUUAUAUAUUCUUUUAUAUAUUUAUAUAAAAAGCUAAUAUAGCUCUUUUUCAAAAAUUAUAAAUUCCAUUUCAUAUUCAAUGGAAAUUUCUCUGUUAAUAUAAGAAGGUUGUUCUCUGUCAAUAACUUGUUUUCACUUGUUUAUAAUUUAUUGUUUAUUGUAAGCACUGUUACUGACCUUGCAGACUUUGUUGUUCUCGAGAAAAAGUAAAUGUGGAAAAAUCACGCUUUGGUUGCAUCAUCAGACAUGCGAUCAUAUGUAAGCUCCACAUUUGCGUAGUAGUAAUGGUAAAUUGUCUUACAAGAGAAGACCCCUGAUGGUAUUACGGGUCCAUCAACUAUAAUCGUUCAACUGUUAUAGUAGCUGCUCUUGAUUUGGUAUCAGUAUUAUUAACUAAUUAACCCCCCCCCCCCAAUAGUAUAUAGAUGUACGGGAAUUUUAUUAAUCGAUGCUCUUAUAAUGAUUUAAUUAUUCCAAGUCGCAGAAUUUAAAGAGCAAUAUGAUAUUCAUUUCAUGUUCCAGUUCAUGACUGAUCAUUGUGCGUGCGUGCGUGCGUCCGGUGCGUGUGUGUGAUUGUAUCUUACCGUAGGCAUCGGUGCUUAUUCUAUAUCGAUAUCGCAUAUAUGGUAACAUUUAUUUCUAUGUUAUGAACACGCUUCUGGCAAUGUAUGACCUUCUUAUUUCACCGGGUGCGUGUGAGCCAUGUGUGCGUGUGAGUGCGUGUGAGUGGGGUGCGUGUGAGCCAUGUGUAUUUUAAGUAUAGGAUCAUAUGGAGGAUUUAAUAGUAGUUCGCUCUUCUAUGCUCAAAUAUGACUCUUUGGCGCCAUCUCGCGUGAAAAAUAGUUAUAAAAUGCGUAUAUGCGGAAUAAAUCAGAUGAAUAUCAGUCACUUAAUUUACAUCUUACUAGAACGUUUUUCACGAAUAAAAGUAACGGAGUACAAUGUAUUUGCUAUAGGCGAGUAUAUGUGUCAAAAGUGCCCAAAAUUCAAUGUUUUUAUAUGUAAUAAAUCUGUAGCAAUUGUAAA